CGGCGCUUCGACAGCAAAUCACAACCGCCGAAAGUGUGACAUCUCCUGCAGCACAUGGACCUUCUGCCCAGUGGUCGUUCACAACGAUGCGCCCUCCAUCACAUCUCCUCACUGCAGUCCAGUUCUUUUAAACGUGCUCGGAUCAUUCAAAAUGUCGCUCUCCCCGUGUGAGACUCGUUGGUCUUCAACGUUGAUACCAACACCUUGAACCAUCACCAUGGAAUUCCGGCUUGUGCUUGCCUUUGCUCUUUUCUUCUUUGGUCUUGUCGACGCGCAUACUGUGAUUGUUUACCCUGGUUAUCGAGGGAAUAACCUCUUAACCAACGGAACCAUCGAGGAGGCAAAUGGUCUCGGUGUCGCAUCGCAGAAUGACUCUUUGAUCUACCCAUACGGCAUGGAAUGGAUUUAUCCAUGCGGCGGCAUGCCCACCUCGACCAACCGCACAAAAUGGCCCAUCCGCGGCGGCGCCAUCUCCUUCCAGCCAGGCUGGUUUCCCGGCCAUUCCUCGGGCUUCAUCUACAUGAACAUGGGCUUCGGCACCGUCCCAGCUAACAUGAGCAACGCCAUGAUCAAGCCGUUUGCCUUUGAGGGACCCAGUAACCUGCCGUACCCGGGGACGGUCUGUUUGCCGCAGGUGCCGUUGCCGGCGGGACAUACGGUGAAUGUUGGAGAUAAUGCGACGAUUCAGGUGGUGUUGGCGGCGCAGCAUGGGGCUGCUUUGUAUAAUUGUGUGGAUAUUACAUUCGCAGAGCCGGAAGACGUCGCGGAGGUGACGCGGGAUAAUUGCUUUAAUUCGAGCGAUAUCACGUUCCAGGAUAUCUAUCGGACGGCGCCGUUGAAUCAGUCUGGGUCGGGGGCAGGGCAGGUUGUAAGGGCGCGAUGGGUGGAAUUGGUGCCGUUGGUGGUGGCGAUGGUGGUUGGGUUGUGGUGAUCUUAUACCUGAUUUUAUUUGUUUUGUUUACUAGUUCAUACCCCGAUUGAUGUUUUUUUAUUUGUUUAUUUUUUUUUUUUUUUAAUGAAGCCUGUUUGGCGUAAUGGAUAAUAAAUUGGUUGGUGGUGGUUGGUUGGAUGAUCU